AUGGACGGGUCGCCGCGCGAGGGAGCCCUGCGGGCAUUGCCCGGGGCUGGCUCGCUCCUGCUGCUGCUGCUGCUGCUGCUGGCGGUCCACUCCCCGCCCAGCCGAGGACUGAAGUACAGAAUUCAUGCAGUUAAUUUGAAAAGUAUAGAAACUGUCUUGGAAUCUGGGUUCUUCUCUAGAAGUAGUAGUUGGAGAAGUUCAACAGUUGGUGGACACCCAUGGCAGGUGUCCCUGAAAUUAGGUGGACACCACUUCUGUGGAGGAAGUUUGAUUCAAGAUGAUCUGGUUGUUACAGCGGCACAUUGCCUGAUUAGCCUCAAUGAGAAGCAAAUUAAGAGUCUGACAGUGACUGCUGGGGAGUACAACCUCUUGCAGAAGGAUAAGGAGGAACAGAAUAUUCCUGUCUCAAAAAUUAUCAUCCAUCCUGAAUACAACAGACUUGGGUAUAUGAGUUUUAAUAUUGCACUGCUGUAUCUAAAACUCAAAGUCAAGUUUGGAACUACUGUUCAGCCAAUCUGUAUUCCCCAUAGAGAUGAUAAAUUUGAAGAAGGGACUCUUUGCACGGCCAGUGGAUGGGGCAAGACUUCAGAGACAUCAGAAUAUUCAAAUAUCCUACAAGAAGUGGAAGUUCCCAUCAUGGAUGACAGAACAUGUGGUACCCUGCUCAGGGUUAUGAACCUUCCUCCCCUGGGAAGGGAUGUGUUGUGCGCCAGUUUUCCUGAUGGGGCAAAGGAUGCCUGCCAGAGGGACUCUGGAGGCCCACUUGUCUGUAGAAGAGAUGAUGGAGCCUGGGUUCUUGCUGGGAUCACUUCCUGGGCAGCUGGUUGUACUAGAGUUUGGAAUCCUUUCAGAAAUAAGCAGAGGAAGGCAUCACCUGGCAUUUUCUCCAAGGUAUUUGUGUUGAUGGAUUUUAUCACACAGACCAUGACAGACUCUUUAAAUAAAAUUGGAUCAACAUCAUUUCCCAAAACCAAUCCUAUAUCUUCUGCAAAAGUUAUUCCAUAUGGUGUCUGUGGCAUCCCUCCGUUUAGUCCCCAGUGGCUUUCUAGAAGAAUUGCAGGAGGAAUAGAAGCCUGCCCCCACUGUUGGCCAUGGCAGGUGGGUUUGAGGUUUCUUGGCAAUCACCAAUGUGGAGGUGCCAUCAUCAACUCGAUUUGGAUUCUGACUGCAGCGCAUUGUGUGCAAUCGAAAAAUAAUCCACUCUUCUGGACCGUUGUUGCUGGAGACCAUGACAGAACCUUGAAGGAAUCAACUGAGCAGGUGAGAAGGGCGAAACACAUCGUGAUGCACGAAGACUUUGACACCCAGAGCUAUGACUCUGACAUCGCCCUGAUACAACUGAGCUCUGCCCUAGAAUUCAACUCAGUGGUGAGACCAGUAUGUCUUCCCCACAACUUGGAGCCUCUGUUUUCUUCUGAGAUUUGUGUUGUGACUGGCUGGGGAAGUAUUAGUAAAGAAGGUGGUCUAGCAAGUCGCUUACAGCAGAUUCAAGUGCCUGUGUUAGAGAGAGAGGUCUGCGAACACACUUACUAUUCAGCCCAUCCAGGAGGAAUCUCAGAGAAGAUGAUCUGUGCUGGCUUUGCAGCAUCUGGAGGGAAAGAUGUGGGCCAGGGAGAUUCUGGUGGACCAUUAGUGUGUAAGCAUGAAAAAGGGCCCUUUGUUCUCUAUGGCAUUGUCAGCUGGGGAGCUGGCUGUGGCCAACCAAGGAAGCCAGGUGUGUUUGCCAGAGUGAGUGUCUUCCUGGACUGGAUUCAAUCCAAAAUCAAAGGACCUGUUUUACUCCAGAUAAAAAAUGAAAGCAAAAUCUUAACAAGACAACAAUCGCCACCACCCACACCCUCAAGAGACAGUGCAUCUGGGCCAGGCUGUUACUCUGAAGUGGAGUUAGAAGAGCCUAGAGGCUUUUUUUCGUCUCCAAGAUAUCCACUGGAUUAUAGAGGAAAACUGGAAUGUUCUUGGGUGCUCCGAGUUUCACCAAGCAGUAUUGCAAAACUUACGGUUGAGUAUCUGUUACUCCCUGGGUCUCAUAUGUGUCAAGAUUCAGCUCUGAUUAUUUAUGAAGAAAACCACAGUGAGAGAAGGAUGUCAGGUAAAUUAUGUGGAAGAAGGCUUUAUCCAGUGGUUUUCAUGAGCUCUGGACCACUGGUGAGGGUGACAUUUCAUUCCAGUGUGCGAGGUGCUUUUGGCAUAAAUUAUAUUGUCUUUAGAGUCCAAGGUCCAAAGGGCAGUAAAAGCACCCAAUCUCUUCAGAGUUCAAACCAAGAGCAUGUGGCCACCUGUGAGGAUGUUAUUCUGACCAAGCCAACAGGGAUCAUACAAUUCCCGAGAUAUUUUCACAGAACCCCUAUGCGCUGCCACUGGAGAUUACUAGCCCCUGUAAAUCAUAUCAUUCGCCUUGAUAUUAUCAACUUCCAGAAGCAACCAGUGCCCUUUGCCUGUCAGGGUCACCUGUGGAUUUAUGAAGGAUUUGGAUCAGGAAAAAAAUUAAUAGGAAAUCUAUGUGAAAGAGAUUCACCUUCAUUAAAAUCUCAUGGUCCUCUUAUGAUGUUGAUUUUCACAUACAAUGCAAGUUUGGCCAUGGAAGAAUUUUCUUUGAGAUAUUCUUUUCAUAUGUCUGGUUCCAUGAAAGGAAACAUUAAAGUUAAUGUUAAAGAGGAUAAAGGAGGGUGUCCAAUAUUGGAUCUGAUUGCAGUUAAUUCUUUUGAGAUCACAUCUCCCAAUUAUCCUAACAUUUAUCCUAAUAAGUUGAACUGCACCUGGACUUUUUAUUCUAUGUCUGGAAAUAAAAUGAAGGCAUUGAUUAAAGAUUUUAUAAUGGAAGAAUCUUGGAACUGUGAAUGGGAUUAUUUCAAUAUCUAUGAUGGACCAGAUCAGCAAUCAAGAUUACUUGCUCAUUUAUGUGGCUCCAAGAAAGAAUUUGUCUGGAUAUCCAGUGGUGCUUACCUAACUGUGAACUUGAAAACUGAUGAGUCUGUGGGAGAAAGAGGUUUUAAACUGAUUUUGGAAGAUAUGACUCAGAAGCCAUCACAGAAAAGCAAUAUUGGGAUCCAACUGCCUAUUAAUGUAGAAAACAAUACCAGAAGACAGCCAGCUCAAGACUCGUGUGGAGUUCCACUUGUUGACCCUCUUCUCACUGAAGGGUUUGAGAGGAAUACAAAUCUCUUGUCUGCAGAGGUCGGGGAGCCCAGGGUGGUUGGUGGCCAUGCAGCCCCUAUGAUGUCGUGGCCCUGGCUGGUCAGUCUGCAGCACCAAGGACGUCACUACUGUGGAGGGGCUCUGAUUGGGAGGCAGUGGGUCCUGACAGCGGCACAUUGUAACUUCAGUACUGUCACAGACUACCUGGUAAUAGGAAGAAGUUACCUGGGGAAUAUAAGAAAUAGUGAUUUGAUACCAGUGAAAGCUGUGUACAUUCACCCCAGCUUCACACAAUUUCCUCCCAAUGAUGAUCUGUCUUUGCUGCAUCUGGAAAAACCUGUUGAACUAGGAGAGUUUGUAUCUACAAUCUGUUUGCCAGGGAAAGAUGAUAAAAUAAAUUUACUUUCCAAAUGUUUGACUGCUGGAUGGGGAAUAACUGAACCUCAUCAAGAUGCAUUUCCUAAAACUGUGCAGCAGGCAGAGGUACCACUGAUCAGUAGUAUAUCUUGUCGAAGCUACUGGGGACUGGAAAUUAAAGACACUAAUAUAUGUGGAGGGGCUUCCGGAUCAUCCUCCUGUAUGGGAGAUUCUGGAGGACCACUGCAGUGUGGCAAGGGUGGGCAGUACAAGCUCAUUGGUAUUGUGAGCUGGGGCAGCAGUAACUGCCAUCCUGCCGCACCAACAGUCUUCACCAGAAUUUCUGCCUACACAGACUGGAUCACAUCCAUCACUGGAGAAGAAGGGUCACUGGAAGAGCAGCCUGGUUUAACUGUGAUCACAAGUGGGAAAGGAAAUAGAUAA